GAGGGCCACCGAUUCGUAGGCGCAGGGGCUGGCAUGGUGGACGUGUUUUGUUAGUUAGGCGGUGUGGGAACCCUGUGCGUUAGUAAAGUGAGCGACAAAGUUGAAAGCUUGGUGUGUAGGGCGUUGCUAAAGUAUUUGUGGCUGGUCUUUAAUGCCUGAAGAAUCACUAAUUAUGUUGCACGAGAAAAGAACCCUUUCUCGCGACAUUAAAAUGUACCCACUCACCAACUACACCUUUGGAACUAAGGAGCCUUUAUUUGAGAAGGAUCCAUCAGUGCCUGCAAGGUUUCAAAGGAUGAGGGAUGAAUUUGAAAAGAUUGGAAUGCGAAGAAGUGUUGAAGGAGUUCUACUUGUACAUGAGCAUGGUUUACCACAUGUUUUGUUAUUACAACUUGGGACAACAUUCUUUAAAUUACCAGGAGGAGAAUUAAACCCAGGUGAAGAUGAAGUAGAAGGUCUGAAGAGGCUUCUAACAGAGACACUUGGCAGGCAAGAUGGUGUGAAGCAGGACUGGGUAAUAGAGGACACAAUAGGCAACUGGUGGAGGCCAAACUUCGAACCGCCACAGUAUCCUUAUGUCCCUCCUCACAUCACUAAGCCAAAAGAACACAAGCGGCUUUUUCUUGUCCAGUUGGCUGAGAAGGCCUUGUUUGCCGUACCUAAGAAUUACAAGCUAGUUGCUGCACCCUUGUUUGAGUUAUAUGACAAUGCACAGGGGUAUGGACCAAUUAUAUCGUCUUUACCACAAGCUUUGUGCAGGUUCAAUUUCAUAUACAUGUGAAUUACCUUCACACUGGUAUUAAUGCUGUUGAAGAUUUUUUACCAUUGGAAUUAAAAUGGGGUCUCAGUCAGCUCCACGCAGCAGCAGAAGUGUAUAAAGACAAAAUAAUCUGUGCUGUGUAGCUUUUCAGGUACAAAAUUGUGAAAGUGGUGACAGUGGACAAGUGUUUGGUAAACAUUAAAUAAAGCAGUUUUACUGUGUUGCUUUCAUCAGUGAUAAAAGUAAUUUAUAGUGCUGCAGUUGGACUCGAGUGUAAAAAUAACUGAAACUUAUAAUAGUCUGUGCACUUUCCCUUCUAUGAUACAUAGUUUUACAUUUAUAGUGUGAAUGGCUGUACCAAGAAAAUAUUUUAAGGCUCUUGAGAUUGUCAUUACUGUGACAUUCAGAUGACAAAUCAUGUAUAUUCCACCUUCCUUAAAAACUAUAUCUUUAUUGUAUUGUGUCUCUUGUAUAUGUGAAGUGAUGAACUUGUGAGAAAGGAGGUUUUUUACACUCAUUCAAUAAAAGCUAUUAAGUUAGAAUCCGUAGGCAGAAUUAUUAACCCUAGAUGACCGUCAGUGUGAAAAAUGGCUGAAUGAAGAAAGUGUUAUGAAAUUUAUAGAAAUUGAUUAAUGGUGAAUCAGUCAUUUGUCAUAUGAGAUUGUAUGAUGUCAAGGUAUUCUUUCUGUGCUAAGGCCCAAGUUGACAGAAAAUAGUCAGUGUUGUGUUCCAUUAUGUGACGCUAUUGUAAGUUAUAAACAUUGGGCUGAUUCAGCAGUACUGCAAACUUUCAUUUCAUACACCUUUGGUGUGUCAUGUUCCUAUUUAUGCGGAAAAUAAAUGUGAUUUAUAAGAAAAA